UUAUUGACUAUGUAAAUGCAAACAAUGGAACAACAUGCACAAAAGUUAGCAAAGGAGUUUGGAGUGUCGUUUCGUCGAGCAAAGCAAGCUCUAGAAACUGCCAAAGGAAAUGUAGAACUUGCCAUAGACGAGAUACUUCUCUCUCCAGAGUCGGAAGAAGAAGCGGAACCAGAAACGAUAUCCACUGUUCAAGUUUAUGAGUCUAGCAAAACAAACGGAAAAAGUCAAUGUAAAGAGUCCACGGUUGAACCAGUCUCUUCUGUGGUCAACUUGAAGUCUGAAACCGAAGAGGUCGAUUCUUUGUAUAGUGCACUUUGUUUACACAACAGCGAAAACAAGAGUGACGAAAAUAGCUUAGAUAAAAAAGAAUCUUCUCAGGAGGCAAAGAGCAGUACUGAUCUGUUGACUUUAAGGUUGUUGCUUCCACCUUUUCCAUCUCUGCUUGCUAUAUUUCAUCAACUAGAACAGACUCAAUUGAAGCUGUUUCGGGAUAGUAUAUAUAUAAAGAAGCAAACUGUUUCCGAUGGAGACUCUGAACAGCGUCCAAAACAAGUUCAGUGGACACGUAGAAAGAAGGAGUUGUUACUUGAAAAGAAACAAAGGAAGCAACGAGAAGUUUUUGUUCUCAGUUUACUUGGAUCGGAACUUUAUCUUCGUCCCUUAGAAUGCUUCGACUGGUCGAAACUUUGUUCUGUUGGAAGUUCUAUAACAAUACCCACUUUGAACGUUUUGGAGUUUUUCUUUGAAGUGUUAAUCGGCGACAAAAGCAAUCAUCUUGCUCGAUCAAAAGUAAUCAAUACGGUUAUCCUGAAGAGUACCUUUGCUAGAAUAACUAAACAGAAACGGAAACUUCUUAAGCUGGCUCUAUCAGAUCCUUAUUCUCCAAUUCUUUUUUUUCCUGAUUCAGUAUUGGAUGACACAUGUUUAGCAUCGCCAAAGCAACCAUUAGAGGAAUCUUUCUACAACUAUGAAAGAGAGAUAAGGGCUGCAAGAAUUUUGUUCCAGAUGAAGAGUUUGGAUUGUUUUAUUCUUUAUGUAGAUGAGAAGAAUAUUGUAGCGAAUGAGUCUCCCAUUCGCACUAUAGCAGAUAAUCUAUAUCUUUGUUCUAUUCUAUCGUAUUCGAGACGAAUGGACGAUAGUCGAUUUUUAGAUAUGGUUUUAUCUCUUUAUGACUCUUUUCUAGCUGAAAAUAUUUGGUACCAAGAAGGAACACAUUCAUUGUCUGGGCUGCCUUUUAAAGCAGAAGAGAAUGAAUUAGAGGAACAGAUGGUAGAAUCCGAAGAGGUUUCAAAGCGCACGAUUAUUGGAAUUUUUCGAGUUGAACGAAAUCGUAAAAUUGCUCGAGUAUCUUUUGUGUUUAUUCCUGCUGAACAUUUUGGUAAGGCCAUUCACGGUGAUAAAGUGAUGAUAGAAAUAAACACGGUGAAUGGUAAAAGUCAAGGAAAAGUUGUUUCCAUUUUGGAACGAAGAGCGGACUCCUUUGUAGCAUCUUAUUUCGAAAGGGACUCUACGGAAGACUCUGUUGUCAACGAAGAAGAUGAUGAAACUGUCUUGUAUACAAAGUCACAACGUUUAGGUCAUCUUUUUGCUCCGAUGGAUCAGAGGCUACCACUGUGUAUAGUUUUUGGUAGAAAUUUAGAGAAAUACAGAAAUCAACGCGUUGUUUUACGCUUUCGUAGCUGGAAAUGGCAUGAAAAGUAUCCAGAAGCAUAUUUAGUAGAGACACUUGGUUAUGUGGGAGAUGUAGAAGCAGAGACUCGAGCGGUUUUGACUACCUGUGGGGUUCGUGACUUUGACUACCCAACAAGUGUUUUUGAAGAGAUCGGUUUGACGAGUAGCUUGUCUUCAUUUUCAUGUUCAUUUCCGUCGUCAGUUUGUAUGGAUAAGAGAUUGGAUAUUCGAAACUCUCGUUUGGUUUUCAGUAUCGAUCCUUCUGGAAGCCAAGAUAUCGAUGAUGCUUUAUCUCUUUAUCUAAUUAAAGAUAGUAUUUAUGAAGUGGGAGUUCAUAUUGCUGAUUUUGCUGCUUGGGUGCCAUCCGGAAGCUUUAUAGAUGUGGAAGCGAUGAAACGAGGAACUAGCGUGUAUUUAGUGGACAGAAGAAUAAGCAUGAUUCCUUCAGUCCUUAGUGAAAAUCUAUGUUCGCUAAGGCAGUAUCAUGACCGCUUAAGUCUCUCUGUAUUUUUCUUCAUAGACUUUGCGAAUCAAGGUCAACUUGUGGAUAUCUCUGAGGAAUUUUUGGAUAAGGAAUUUGUUCAAAAGGCUGUCAAGAGUAGUGCAGAUAAAGGAGUGUAUUUUGCACGUUGUAUUUUGCGUUCAUGUGGUGAACUUCAUUAUGAUGAGGUGGACUGUUGUUUGAAAGGAGAAAGAACAUCGCUGGGUACCACAGAUGAUGCUCAAGUGAUUCAAAAUACCCGAAUAUUGGCAGAUAUUGCCAAAAUGUUUCGUCAAAGGAGAAUCCGAGAUGGAGCUAUUACCAACUUGACCUCAGGAGAGUUGCGUUUUCAAUUCGAUGAAGAGAAAAGAAUUCAACAAGUAUCCACAAAAAUAGACUUAGAGAUUAUGUCGGUAGUUGCUGAACUAAUGAUUGCUACGAAUGCUUUUGUUGCCUCACAUCUACUCGCAGUAUGUCCAAAUGAUGCGCUGUUAAGAAGACAUGAUGCGCCUCCUGUAGAAAAGAUUUCACAGUUCAUAUCCACUGCAGCGAGUUUGGAUUUUCUUGGAAUCCACCUGGAGAACUUUCUACAAGGCCAACAACAACAGUCCAAUACUAUUUCAACGGAGAGUUUUAUUUCCAAUUUAGAAGAACAGUUGGAUGCCGCCUCUCUUGACAACUCUUCUUGGGGUAAAUUGAUUAGUUCUCUUGCAACCAGAGCGAUGUCUGAAGCAGAAUACUUUGCUGCAUCUUCCGGAAAGGACACCAGACACUAUGCUUUGGGUCUGGAUGCAUAUACCCAUUUUACGUCUCCUAUUCGUCGAUACCCUGAUGUGAUAGUCCAUCGAGCACUAUUAAGAGCUACUGGACUGGAAGAAUCCGACAGCGACUCAUCUCCACCAGAUUUUCCUGGAGCUUUGGAAGAACUAGCAGAACACUUGAAUAUUCGUCAUAGAGAGGCAAAGAUGGCAUCUGAAAUGUCCAAUACCUUAUUUUUCUCUCUAUAUUUUCAAUCCCAACCAGGUUUGGUAACCUAUGCCAUUUUAAUAGCUAUUCAAGAACAACCUUUGCUGGGAUUUUCUGUUUUCCUUCCAAGAUUUUCCUUGUAUGGUUUUGUUCCUUUGAUGGAUUCCGUAUCCAAUCAGGUUAUUUUACCCGCAUUGAAUAUGCAGUUGGAUCAGAAAGAUGAUUUUUCGGAAGUAUUUGUUGCAGAAAAAGAUUGUAGAGUCCUUCAAGCUGGUUGUAGUUUGCGAAUAGCGGAGAAUGAAAAGGAAUUGUAUUGUGUGAAUGAACAACAACAGAUAGUGGCAGAAUGGCAAUUGGGAGGUACAGUAAAAGUUGGAGUUUGGGCAAGCUCAAAUAAAUAUAGAGAACCUGGAGUAAAAAUGCUAUUGGCUAGUAGAGACUGUUUUGAAUCGAAACAGUCCUCAACAGAGGAAAAGAGGGGAAUUCCAGAGAAAAAGCCAAUUUCUACAUUUCAAUAUAAUCGACAGACGAAACCAAAAGAACAAGUUGUACAGCGGGUCUUAGCUACAUCUCAUGAAGCCGAUAGAGGUGUGAAGAAUGAAAAUUCAGCAGUAUCGAGAGACUUUCAUCGAGGGUUAUUUCGUAUUUGGAAUAUUCGAGACCGCGAUAGUUUGAAACGAAAUACUUUCUAUUAUACAAUGACUCAAGGACGCAUUCCAAUAGAAAACAAGAUUAGAAAAUGUUAUACGUACUCAUCGGAUAUGUUAUUGAGCUUGUGAAUGGACCAACAGUUUGCAAUUGACA